CCCUGUAAGGCCGGCCCCGCGCGCACUGAAAGGCGCCUGCUGCCGCCGCCGCGCUGCACUGCGCCGCUGCCGCCCUCGCCGCCGCCGCCACCAUGCCGAUGUUCGCCAUCUACACCAACGUCUGCAGGGACGCCGUGCCCGAGAGCCUGCUGGGCGAGCUCACCCAGCAGCUGGCCAAGGCCACGGGCAAGCCCGCGCAGUAUAUAGCUGUGCACAUCAUACCUGACCAAAUGAUGUCCUUUGGAGGCUCCACUGAUCCCUGCGCUCUCUGCAGUCUUUACAGCAUUGGCAAAAUAGGAGGGCAGCAAAACAAGACUUACACCAAGCUCCUGUGUGAUCUGAUUUCCAAGCACUUGCAUGUAUCUGCAGACAGGGUGUACAUCAACUACUUUGACAUGAACGCUGCCAAUGUGGGCUGGAAUGGUUCCACCUUUGCGUAGAGCUCUCUCAUCUGACCAAAGAGGAUAUUCCUGGACCUGCCCUUCUCCUGCCAGUUAGCAGAGCCCUCUGCACAAAUGGCCCCAUGUUACAUUUUGUGCACUGUCACAGAUUGAUGGCUCCUUGCUAGUGUGUUCACAUAUUACUGCUUCAACAUUCCUCUGUUUUCUCUAUGUAGAAAACAAAUAAAGAUUUAGAAGGAG